CACAGAGCAUCUGGCAGGAGAACCAGGAGAUAGUGCAGGAAUGCCCCAGGGGCUGUGCUGCCAGCCUGGGGAGAUAAGGGACAAGAGAGCCACCCAGAUCAGAGCUGGACUCAGCUGCUAAGUUCUCUAAGGCUACAGUUGCAGGACAACUUCCCUGGAAGCUGGCAACUCGGCAUCGCACUGGGAUGGUCUGCUGGGCUUCCUGUACACCUGUGUAUUCUCACUGAGCAUCAUGAAACCAUCUUGGCAAGCACCACAGAUGCUGCAGUUCCAGCUCAUGGUGGUGCAUUUGGCUCUUGUGAUUGCCCUGCUGUGGUGGAACUCCAGCUCUGUGCUCCUUGCAGAGGCAGCUCCAGAGCCUCUGGAGCCUUCUGCUGCUCUGGGCGUGGGAGACCAUUCCACAGGCAGUGGAGAGAAGUCAGCCACCAACCUGGCAGCCAAACUGUUCCUUCUUGAUGACUUGGUGUCUCUGGAGAACGAGGUGACUGAGACCAAGAAGAAAAGAAGCUUCCCAGGAUUUGGCUCCCCAAUUGACAGAAUUUCUUCAACCUCUGUGGAUGCUAGAGGCAAACAGAGGAAAGUUCUUGAGCUGCCUAAGAGAAGGUUUGGAGUUCCUCUGGACCGGAUUGGAGUGAACCACCUUGGCAACACCAGGGGUUAGCAGUUCCUGCAGAUGCUUCUAUUCUGAAUGAGUGAUGCUGCAUUGGAAACAUUACAGAGAUAUGGAAGAUGCCUCACAGCAUGUCUUGUUUUUGCCUAAUGAUAUGGCACUCAAGGAACUGACCUCCUGCAAAAUCUGUUUCAAGCUGCAUUUUACAAGUGUUGCAUUUAUAAAUAAUAACAUAUUCAGUUCAUCAGGUCAGAAUGCUCUCACAGAUAUGCACAUUGGCACAGUAGGAGGGAAGAGAGAAUAUGUAUAUAUUUUUAUUGCAUGGCAUUUAUCUGUUAAACUUGCAAAAUUUUAUUAUCCUAGGCAGGACUGAGAUUUUUUGGAUUGAAAAUAAAACUUCCAAAGGUAUAAACAGCAGUCCAUGAAAAGCAGAGAGUUUGCUUUGCACAUUUCUUUCUGGAGGGGAGCUGUUUGGUAGAAGAAGGGAGGAUAGAACAGUUAUGGGACAAAGCUAGAAUGCAUUUGAACUGUUGUUUGGAGGGAGAUGUUUUCUGCAUUCACUAGGAGUUAGUCUGAAUAAGAACAGUGACAAGACCUUAGUAUUUUUCUUGAUGUCUUGAGUAGUCUCUCUCUUAUCUCUGCAGUAUAUUUAGACAUUUUUUCAUUGUAUGGCAGAUCCUGAAAUGUGGUGAGACUUUUAGUGGAUGAAUACAUUUCACUCCUCCCUAUGCAUAACAGAGGAUAGUGUCCAAAUAUGAAGUCAUCUACCUCCAAGGCCAUCUGCAUCAUAUGUCUUAUUUUAGCCUCUUGAUGUGUGCACAAGGCAUGGUCAGAAUCCAAGUCUAAAAGUUCAAGUAUUUCUCACUCUGGCAAAAUUUAAACAUGUCCUCUCCAUUUCGUAAUGAAACUGCUUGUCUUAAAUCCUCUUUCAUCCUUUUCACUCCUUUCCAGAUUAUAAAAUACAUCUGAGAAGAGCUGUCUGCUGACAUCUCAAUGCUCAGAUUCCUAGCUGAUGUUUUCUAAACCCCACAUUCUCUCUCUGUUUUGGACUUGGGUCCAUGUCAGCUAAAUUCCUCAGAUUGCUGUUCUUGGGUAUAAAUCACCCUUAGCAUUGCAGAAGAAGAUCCAUUGAGAAAGGGAUUAUGCAGAAUUAAGGGAAAAAAAAAUAUUCUUGCCAAACACCCUGUGUUAGGCAGGAAGUAAUGCUGGAGAUGGGAAUUAAGUGUUAAUUUCCUGAUCUUGUAUGAGGCAAAAAGUACUUGGCCAUCAGCUAGCAAAAAGGGGAGAAAUAGAGUCAGCUCCAAAAAAAAUAAAAUAAAAUAAUAAUAAUAAAAAAGUACUUUGGAAAUCAAUGAUAGUUAAAAGCUACUGUGAGGGUUGGGAUUUCGGGACAAUUGCCCUGGUUUAGCCAUGGUGGGACAUGAGACUCCCACUCAGAAGGUCAGGUAACAUCUAAUUCAUGUGCUCAGACAUAACAAGGGCCUUUCCCAUUUUCCUCCUUGCCUACAGCACUGCCCAGAGACCAAGACUGGCCCAGGCUUAGAAAAUUUGCAAGAAACUUCACUUUUAUUGAUAUUUCUAAUACAGGCUGAUGCAGCUGAGAGCAGUAGCACAAACCAGUGACUCACAUCAAGAGGUGUCCCUACCUUUGCCAUCUGCCAGAGCACUUCAGCUGAGUUAGGAGAUCGUUCUCCCUUCAGUAAGUGAGCUGACAGUGUUUGUGUGUGAGGUGAAGCACUGCAGAUGCUUUCCAGACCAAUCUCUCAAAAGUCAGAGGAAAAAAGAAGGCCUGUAAGUCCAUAUGUGAUGAUCUUGGGUUUUUGCUUCCUGCUUUUCUCCAGGUCCCACUGCUGAUUUUCUGCCUUUAAGCUCCCCUGUGAAGAGAACUGGACUCUGGGUGCCUGUAGACUGACUGACUCAAGGGUUUCAGUCCAUGCUAGAAGCAAGCCUGCAAAUGCAGUCCCAGGCAAUCCUCUGCAGGGCAUUGCCACCAUCCAUCCUGAGCCUGCCCUGCAGUUUAGGGAACAUUUAUCUUCUUGCACUGAGCUCAUCCAGACAGGCUGCAGAUAAUCUGCUUGCAGGGCAGCCAUAUGCAUGGGGCAUGGGCAGAUUAUGGAAGUGGUGACCUGACCACUCAAACAGCUGCCAGUCAAAAGAACCAUGGGCAGUCAGUGUGUGACAUAUUUUUUGAGGCUGAGACCAGAGGUAUCUAGUGCUAACACAGCAGCUUUGCAAAGAUACUGCCAGAUCAUAGAAGUGUUUAAUAAUUGGCAGGUAUUAGCUGGGGCUUCCAGAAAAAAACAGGGUUUUUCAGGCUGAAAGUAGUGCUCAGAAAUGGCCUUCAUCUGAAGGAAAAUGUGAAAGCAAAGCAGGACAGACAGGUCUCUGGUGGUGUUGGUAGAACUGGGAGCUGGAAGCUUCAGUCCUGCUUCCACCCCACUGUGUGGAUUGUGUGGGAGAAAGCAACAGUCCUUCUGCUUUGUCUCAUCCAUCACUGAGCACACUGAGACUUCCUGUGGCUCAAGAAUCGCUCUUUUAAAAUCUGUAAAUUAGCAAGUGCUGUUUCAAAUAUGAUAAUGUCUGAAAGGCCAAGCACCACAAUUUGUUUUUGUAGGCAAUGUUGGAUGGCUCCAGCCAUUGUGCACAGCAUGAAGAUCAGCAAACGUGAAAUGAGGAUAAACUGCAGCAUCCAUUGCACACUAACUUGUCCUGUGCUGCCUGGAUUUGCAAAUCCAUUCAGAUGUCUCUGAGAAUUUUCUUCUAAUAAAUCCACAUGAUCCACUA